AUGAAGCAGAGGUUCUCUUCUUUGGACGUCAAAGUCAUUGCACACGAGCUCCAGCAGCGCCUGGUGACUCUGCGACUCUCCAACGUCUACGAUCUCUCGUCCAAGAUCCUCCUCCUCAAGUUCGCGAAGCCGGAUAACAAGAAGCAGCUGGUCAUCGACACCGGCUUCCGCUGUCACCUGACCGAGUUUGCCCGCACAACCGCUGCCGCUCCCUCAGCCUUUGUCGCAAGGCUUCGAAAGUUCCUCAAGACCCGGCGGUUGACGUCUGUUAGCCAAGUGGGAACCGAUCGAGUCCUCGAGUUUGAGUUUAGUGAUGGACAAUACAGACUGUUUCUAGAGUUCUUUGCCAGCGGCAAUAUCAUCCUUACCGAUGCCGACCUUAAGAUCUUGACCCUCGCAAGAACCGUCUCGGAGGGCGAAGGCCAAGAGCCACAGCGAGUCGGACUACAAUAUUCCCUCGAGAACAGGCAGAACUUUGCGGGGGUACCUCCCUUGACAAAGGACAGGGUUCGUGAUGCUCUUCAGGCUGCAGUAAACAAGGCAGCAGCAGCGGCCGCCUCUUCCAAAAAGUUGAAAGGAAAACCUGGCGGUGAUCUGCGAAAGAGUCUUGCUGUGUCUAUUACCGAGAUACCACCAGUGCUUGUGGAUCACUCGUUGCACACAAACAAAUUCGACACCUCCAUCAAGCCACAUGAGAUUCUGGCGAACGAGACUUUGCUGGAUGACCUGGUCAAGUCACUGACGGAGGCUCGUAAAACGGUCGACGAGCUUACUAGUUCAGGAGAAUGUACCGGCUACAUAUUCGCAAAGCGCAGAGAGAAGCUCGAGGGCGCCGAGGAUGACGAUAAACCGAAGCGGGAAAACCUUCUCUAUGAAGACUUCCACCCAUUUGUUCCCCAGAAGCUCAGCAAGGACCCUACCAUCGAAGUUCUCGAGUUCAAGGGAUACAACGAGACGGUUGAUGAGUUCUUUUCUUCCCUCGAGGGACAAAAACUUGAAUCGCGACUCACCGAGCGAGAGGCGGCGGCGAAACGGAAACUGGAUGCCGCAAAACAGGAGCAAGCGAAGCGGAUCGAGGGUCUACAAGAGGCGCAAAACCUCAACUUUCGCAAAGCUGCCGCCAUCGAGGCCAACGUCGAGCGUGUUCAGGAAGCCAUGGAUGCGGUUAAUGGACUGCUUAGCCAAGGCAUGGACUGGGUGGACGUUGGGAAGCUGGUCGAGCGUGAGAAGAAGCGACACAAUCCGGUGGCGGAAAUCAUCAAGCUGCCUCUGAACCUUGCUGAGAACUUGAUCACGCUUGAACUAGCAGAAGAAGAGUUUGAGCCGGAAGAGGACGACCCCUACGAAACAGACGAUGAUGAGAGCGCCGAUGAAGAGGAUUCGACACCAACAAAAGGAAAGCAUGCCAGCAAGGCGCUGAGCGUAGAGAUCAACCUUGGCCUCAGCCCCUGGAGCAAUGCCAGAGAGUAUUUCGAUCAGCGAAAGUCGGCAGCUGUCAAGAAAGAAAAGACGGAACAACAGGCCUCUAGAGCCCUCAAGAAUGCAGAACAAAAGAUCACCCAAGACCUUAAGAAGGGACUGAAGCAAGAGAAGGCGCUGCUUCAGCCGAUCCGCAAGCAGCUUUGGUUCGAAAAGUUCAUCUGGUUCAUCUCAUCUGAUGGCUACCUCGUCAUCGGCGGCAAGGAUGCACAGCAGAACGAGAUGAUUUACAAGAGAUAUCUGCGAAAGGGUGACAUCUACUGCCAUGCCGACCUCCAUGGAGCAUCGAGCGUCAUCAUCAAGAAUAACCCCAAGACACCGGAUGCACCCAUCCCUCCCGCGACGCUGUCCCAGGCAGGCUCGAUUGCUGUGUGCUCCUCGGACGCUUGGGAUUCGAAAGCCGGCAUGUCUGCUUGGUGGGUUAAUGCGGACCAGGUGUCAAAGUCAGCGCCAACUGGAGAGUUUCUGCCAACUGGAAGCUUCAUGGUUCGCGGAAAGAAGAACUUUCUCCCCCCGGCUCAGCUUCUCCUUGGCUUGGGACUCGUUUUCAGGAUCAGCGAAGAAAGCAAGGCGAAGCACGUAAAGCACCGUCUAUACGAUGUUGACUCUGCAAUUGGCGAUUCAGUUUCAGGGAUUACAACUCCUCAAGUUGAGGUUGGACAAGGAAGCGCUGAGGCUGAGCAGAGUGAAGCAGCACACUCCGACCAUGUAUCAGACGACGAAUCUGAAGAUGAUCAGCCUGAUGAGAAGCCUCGCGACAAUCCUCUUCAGGCAUUCGCUCGUGGACAAGGCCAAGAUGACGAAGACGACAUCGAUGAGGUUGAGGAAGGCGUUUCUGAACUCAAGGUUUCAGACGAGCCAACUCCUGAAGAAACACCUACGCAGGAAACCACUGAGCUUCAAGAGGUUGAAGCCGAGGAGCCAGAGCCCACCGAGUCUAUCGCAGAGCUCUCCGAGUCUCCCGAGGCAUCUACCGCGACAUCGAGAACCGGCACCCCAGGCCCAGCCUCAACGAAGAAAGCUCCCGCCAAGCGAGGUCAGAAAGGCAAGGCCAAGAAGAUUGCCGCAAAGUACAGGGACCAAGACGAAGACGACCGUGCAGCCGCCGAGGCCCUGAUCGGUGCAACAGUCGGCCAAAAGAAGGCCGAAGCCGAGGCAAAGGCCAAAGCGGACCGUGAGGCAGAACUCGCAGCCGCCAAGGAGCGACGGCGGGCACAACAUCAACGGCAGCAGAAGGAGACUGCCGAGCACGAGGAAAUUCGACGUGUCAUGAUGGACGAGGGCAUUGACAUGCUCGACGUUGACGAAGCCAGCCACAUGACAGAACUAGAUGCUCUCGUCGGCACGCCACUGCCCGGCGACGAGAUCCUUGAAGCUAUCCCUGUUUGCGCGCCCUGGAACGCCCUUGGACGUGUCAAGUACAAGGCCAAGCUUCAGCCUGGUACAACCAAGAAGGGCAAGGCUGUCAAGGAGGUUCUCGAUAGGUGGAAGGCCGGCUCGAGCAAGAAGGGGGCUGUAGAUGAGACCAGCCGUGACUCGGAGCGCAUGUGGCCGCGCGAGGUGGAGCUGAUUAAGGCACUCAAGCCCGAGGAGACGUUCAACGUCGUGCCAGUUGGUAAAGUGAGAGUCAUGAUGUCUGGCGGCAGCAGUGGAGGCAGCGGCGGCGGGAAGAAGGGUGGUGGUGGAGGAAAGGGGCAAGGCUGUGGCUGCGCUAUUGCAACAUGCAACUUCAUGACGUGA